AUGGCCGAGGUGGACGUCGUGCCCACCUUUGGCGUCGAACUCAAGGAUGGUUUCAAGCUCGCUAGCGCCUGGGCUGGCCAUGGGAUUGCCUGGCUAGAUGAGAUUCAACAAUUCUACCGCGAACGAGCCGCCAUCGAAAAGGAGUACAGUGCCAAGCUGUCUACUCUGGCGAAGAAGUACUUCGAGAAAAAGAACAGGAAGAUAUCAAUACUCAGUGUCGGCGACACACCAUCCAUGACACCGGGAUCGCUCGAAAGGUUUGAUAUCUUUCCCCUCCUGCCGCCUCUCCACCCGCCUCUGCUAACCUCCAUCCCCCUCCCGUCCUGCAGCGCCUCCCUGACCACAUGGUCCACACAGCUUACCACCCUCGAGUCCCGAGCCGCCGCGCACGAUACCUUUGGAAACAAUCUCAUCACCCAGGUUGCGGACCCUCUCAAGUUCUACGGUGGACGUUACGAAGAGCUACGUAAGCAGCACAUCGACUACGCUGAAAAGCUCGAGCGCGAACGCGAGAGUUCCUAUGCCGACUUGCGUAAGGCUAAGGGCAAGUACGAUGCCGCCUGCCAGGAAGUCGAAGCCCGCCGCAAGAAGUCCGAGUCGCACUAUGACAAAGCCAAAGCACAGAGUGCAUACCAGCAGCAGGUCUUUGAGAUGAACAAUGCCAAAAACUCAUACCUCAUUGCUAUUACCGUCACCAAUAGCCUCAAGAAUAAAUACUACCACGAAUAUGUCCCCGAGCUCAUGGACAGCCUCCAAGACCUCAAUGAGUUUCGUGUACUCAAACUCAAUGGGCUCUGGGAGCUGGCCACCGGGCUUGAGAGCCACCUCAUGAAGACGAGCCAAGACAUGAUGGAUAACUUAAUCAUCGAGAUCAAGCGCAACAGCCCUCAUCUCGACUCCAUGAUGUACAUGCGCCACAACAUGGACUCAUUUAGCGAGCCGCCCGACAAGACGUUUGAGCCCAGCCCAGUCUGGCACGACGACGGCGCCAUGAUUACGGACGAGAUGGCAAUUAUUUAUCUCCGCAACCUUCUGGGCAAGUCCAAGUCGUCGCUUGGGGACCUCAAGCGCGACGUUGACAAGAAGCGCCGUGACGUUGAGUCGGCGAGGCGCGUCAAGCAGCGCGUACGGGAGGGCACCGAGAAGAAGGACGAGGUGGAGGUAGUCCGGACCCUCUUCAACCUACAGGAGGACCUCCACAGCGUCGAUCGCAAGCGAUUGACGGCCGAGGUUGAGACUUCCACCAUCACCACGAUAGUCGGCGACGUCACGCUGGGUGCCAAGAACCAUAAUUUCAAGAGCCAGACUUUUAAGAUACCGACAAACUGCGACCUCUGCGGUGAACGCAUAUGGGGCCUCAGUGCCAAAGGCUUCGACUGCCGUGACUGCGGCUACACCUGCCACAACAAGUGUGAGAUGAAGGUGCCUGCCGAUUGCCCGGGUGAGCAGAACAAGGACGAGCGCAAGAAGCUCAAGGCUCAGCGCCAGUCGGCGGCCAACAAGCUGCUUGCCCCCGUCGCAUCCCAGUCCACCUUGAACGUAUCGGACGGACCGGAGCUGUCGCGUUCCAACACGACCAACACGAUGAACUCGUUGAGUUCACGGGAAGCUCAGAAUUCAUCGGCAAACGCACACCUGAACCCCCCAGAAGAGGCGGCGCCGAGAGUGAGCAUCUCAUCAGUCACGAGCGGUGGCGCGCCCAAGCGACGGAUCAUGGCCCCCCCUCCCGCUGCAUACAUAACCGGCGGACCCCCGUUGAAUGGCGGAUCGAAGGAGGAGAAGCGCGGCAAGAUGCUGUAUGCUUUUGAGGGCGGCGGUGACGGCGAGCUGGCGGUAGGCGAGGGCCGUGAUAUAACUAUGAUUGAAGAAGAUGACGGUUCCGGCUGGAUCAAGGUCCGCGCUGGCGCAAAGGAAGGUCUCGUGCCGGCAGCCUACGCCGACUGGACGCCAGUGCCGGCAGCACCCCCGGUCGUGCCCAUGGCGACGCGGCCGGUAUCGACAUAUUCAACAUCGACUACGUCGUCUACAGCCACAAGCACCCCAAAGAAGAAGCAGGGACCGGCCGUGGCGCCCAAGAGGGGUGCCCGCAAGCUGCGGUACGUCGAAGCGCUGUACGGGUACACUGCGCAGAGUGAAUCGGAGCACACCAUGGAGGAAGGGGAGAGGUUCGUACUGGUUAAAGAUGACAGCGGAGAUGGGUGGGUAGAGGUGGAAAAGGCAGGAGUUACAGCCAGUGUGCCGGCUAAUUACGUACAGAUUGUGCCGUGA